AUGGCUAAUUUAUCGAGAAGAAGACGGGAUGAUGGUUUGUCCAGCCUUUUCAUCGUCGUCGUCUUCUCGGCGACGGUGUUGGUGUUGUUGAGCAGCUCAGUGGAAUGCAGCCAAAACUACAGGGAUGCAUUGGCAAAAUCCAUAUUGUUCUUCCAAGGACAAAGGUCUGGGAAAAUCCCUGCGGGGCAGCAGCAAGUUUCUUGGAGGUCCAAUUCCGGCCUCUCUGAUGGCUCUCUCGCCCGUGUGGACUUGACGGGAGGGUACUACGAUGCGGGAGACAAUGUGAAGUUCAACUUCCCAAUGGCAUUCACCACCACAAUGCUGUCAUGGAGCACCAUCGAGUACGGCAAGAAGAUGGGUCGGGUUGAGCUCCAGAAUGCCCGGGCCGCUAUCCGGUGGUCCACCGAUUACCUCCUCAAGUGUGCGACGGCCACCCCGGGGAGGCUCUACGUCGGGGUUGGCGAUCCCAACGACGACCACCGGUGUUGGGAGCGCCCCGAGGACAUGGACACCCUCAGGGCCGUGUACUUCGUCUCCCCAAACAACCCGGGUUCCGACGUGGCAGGGGAAACAGCCGCUGCAUUGGCCGCAGCCUCCAUAGUUUUCAGGGCAGCAGAUCCGAGGUAUUCCCGGGUGCUGUUGAACACUGCCCGGAAGGUGAUGCAGUUUGCAAUUCAGUACAGAGGGGCUUACAGUGAUUCCCUGGGUCACGAUGUGUGUCCCUUUUACUGUUCGUAUUCGGGUUAUAAGGAUGAGCUGCUGUGGGGUGCGGCCUGGCUGUUCAAAGCAACCAACGAUGCUUAUUACCUCAAUUUCAUUCGAUCUUUGGGUGCCAAUGACGCUGCUGACAUUUUCAGCUGGGACAACAAGUACGCCGGCGCCAGAGUUCUCCUCUCCAGGAGGAGCUUGCUGAAUAAGGAUAUGAACUUCGACCCUUUCAGGCAACAAGCCGAAGAUUUCAUUUGCAAGAUAUUACCCAACUCUCCGUACUCAAGCACCCAAUACACACCGGGAGGUCUGAUGUUCAAGAUGAGCCAGAGUAACCUCCAAUACGUGACCGCAAUCACCUUCUUGCUCACCACCUACUCCAAAUACAUGGCGGCCUCCAGGCACACCUUUACCUGCGGUGGCCUCUUCGUCAAUUCCAACACCUUGAAGACCCUCUCCAAGCGCCAGGUGGACUAUAUCUUAGGUGACAACCCCUUGAAGAUGUCCUACAUGGUGGGUUAUGGACCAAAUUUCCCCAGACGAAUCCAUCACCGCGGCUCUUCCAUCCCCUCCAAAUCCAUUCACCCCCAGUCCUAUGGCUGCCAGGGCGCGUUCCAGCAGUUCUUCUACACCCCUAACCCUAACCCGAACCUCUUAGUCGGAGCCGUGGUCGGCGGCCCAAAUCAGAACGAUCUUUUCCCUGAUGACCGCACGGAUUAUGGUCAUUCAGAGCCUGCGACAUACAUCAAUGCCGCCCUGGUUGGUCCUCUAGCCUACUUUGCCGGAAGCACCACCAAACCGGUCGACCUAACUGAUGAUAUAAUAACUUAA